CCCCUCAGUGACGUCAGGCACAGGGCGGAUGUGCAGUGUUUGCCAGUCGCUCUCCAGGUUGUGAGCUUGGUUAGUCCGCUUGCGGCUCGCUGAGGGGUCGCCAUGGCCAUGAAUUAUAACGCUAAGGAGGAAGAUGGCCACCAUCACUCAGGGGUGGGCCCCGGGGCCGGGGUGAAGAGCAAGAAGCCGGAUAACACGGCCUUUAAGCAGCAGAGGCUUCCGGCUUGGCAGCCCAUCCUCACCGCCGGCACCGUGCUGCCAGCCUUCUUCGUCAUCGGCAUCAUCUUCAUCCCCAUAGGCAUCGGGAUCUUCGUCACCUCCAACAACAUCCAGGAGUUCGAGGUUGAUUACACCGGAAUAGAGCCAGAUAAUCCAUGCUAUAAGUGUUCGAACGUCUCAUGGAACAGUACACCGUGUGUUUGUUUUAUUAAUUUCACACUGGACCGGGCAUUUGAGAGUACAGUGUUUAUGUAUUAUGGGCUUUCCAACUUCUAUCAGAACCAUCGUCGUUAUGUAAAGUCCAGAGAUGAUAGUCAAUUAAAUGGAGACAAGAAUUCUCUUCUUAAUCCCAGCAAGGAAUGUGACCCAUACGGAACUAGUAACGGCAAACCAAUUGCUCCAUGUGGUGCCAUUGCCAACAGCAUGUUUAAUGAUUCUUUAAGCUUAUAUCAGUUUGUAAAUGGAGUACAGAUGAACAUCACAUUGAAUAAUAAGGGAAUUGCAUGGUGGACAGAUAAAAAUGUCAAGUUCCGAAAUCCUUCUGGAAAUGCGAGUGACCUGGCUGAAGUUUUUAAAGGAACAACAAAUCCAAUUAACUGGAGAAAACCAGUGUAUGAGCUUGACCCAAGUGAUCCAGAGAACAAUGGGUUUAUAAAUGAAGAUUUUAUCGUAUGGAUGCGUACUGCUGCAUUGCCUACAUUCCGAAAGCUUUAUCGUCUUAUUGAGAAAAAAGAUGCAUACCCAGCCUUGGCACCGGGGAAUUAUUCUCUAAGAGUUGAAUAUAAUUAUCCUGUACUCCGCUUUGAUGGAAGGAAACGGAUGAUCCUGAGCACCAUUUCGUGGAUGGGAGGAAAGAACCCGUUUUUGGGAAUUGCAUACAUCACUGUGGGCUCCAUCUGCUUUUUCCUUGGCGUUGUCCUGCUCAUAAUACAUCAUAAAUAUGGAAAUCGGAACACUAGUGCCGAUAUUCCAAGCUAAAUACGUCAAAAACACAUAUAUACUGUAUUGCAUGUGCAUCUGGGCAGGUCAAAGCAACGCACAGGCUUGUAUUCUGGCUUUCCUCUGUAGUAUUCUGAUUCUUAUUUAUUGAGUGGAAAUCAUUUUAAGGCAUUUUAUAUGUUGCAUUUUGGAAAAAGAAACAAGUAAAUUACCUACCCGAUUUAAAGGAAAUAAAAACUGUGCAGUGUGUGCUUUUUUAAAAAGCACAUUAUUUACUCAUGUUUCCGCCCUUCAUAUCAGUCAUGCUGUUUAAGAAGUGAGUUAUGUAUGUAUUUUUUUUUUUGUAUGUUUCAUUCUGGUAAGUUUAGUUGUUCUUGGAUAUAGUCCAGGUUUAAGAUGUUAUCUAAGCUGCAAACUUGGAUUGUUGGUAGUCUUUAAAGGGGCAGUCGAAGUAGCUUAACUGCUAAAGCAUUUCAUAGUGUGGUUAUGGUGCUUGUAGUCUAUGGGUACAACCCGUGUGUCAAACCAUUUUGGGAAAAAUGGGGACUGCUAAACACGCGUAACUCUGCUUCUUGCUUGCCAUAUUGCAUUGCCAAUACAAAUUUUACACUUCCCAAUUAAAGUGAUACUCCAAGCACCAUGAGCACUUCAGUGAUUUGAAAUGGUCGUGGUGCCUGCAGUCUGUAUGUGCAGUGUUUCAUAGCAAAACGCUGCAAAUAUUGAGUUUAACCCCUCUG